GUCAGCUCAUAACCAAUUCAUGUUGAGAGAAGGCUGAAGGCUCACUCAAAAGACAUUCAAUCAACCCUUUUUACUGAGUAUCUAAAGAUAAAAAAAUAAUAAUUAACCUUUAUAUCAAACUAGAAUCAUUUUUAGGUUGAUAGAAAAGUAGGUAGGUGGAUUUUUUUAUUUUGUUAAAUAGCUCUCUGUUUAUAUAAUAAACAUUUAGAGCUCGUGCCAUGAUAGAAUAACACAAUGUUGCACAGGGGCUACACAGGAUAGUGGCAGCACUUUAUGCUUCAUAAGAAUCUCAAAAUAACACCCGUUGGAGUUAUUUAUUAUUUUUUGUUUUUUGUGGUAAUUUCGGUAGUUAAUAGAAUAGUUUAUUAUAGUGUAUUAAUUCACAUUAUAUGUAUAUGUUUUUGCUAAUAUGACUUUACUUGAAAUUUUUAGUUUUUGAUUAGUUUAUCUUCACUGCAAUGUUUGGAUUAGAUGCACCAGUGAGCACUAGCAGACACAUAAGUUUAAAGGCAGGAAGCUGGUUGGAGACUGCAGUACACCUGGGUGGCAGGCAUACAUGUUUUCUCCAAACCAGAAAAUGGAUUGGUUUGUUUGCUUUAUUGGACGAAAUAAACCACCAAGACCUCAGUAACCCAGCAUGGUCAUUCAGUAUUCUUUUGCCUGAGUCCACUACCUGCCCAGGGUGCGAUAGUAGUUGUUAUAUUUAGUCAAGUUUAUUAAGAUUUAUAGGCCACUGUAACAACUUAAACUUGUGCUAAUGAAAUGUUCUGAAGAAACCAUUCAUAGUUUUGUUUAAAGGUACCAUCUCUGUUACCUUAGAAAAUUAAUGGUUGAAUGAUUCUGGAGAUAUAACCACAGACAACCCAUCACCAGAGAUAGACUUGUGUCUGCUGGAUCUCAAGAAUGCAGGAAAAAGGACGUUAACAGACACACUCCGAAGCAGGAGGUGGCGCUAAUGCGCUCUCCAUGCCACGCACCUUUAAAAUAAAGAAGAAGGGCUAUCCGUAGGGACUACCUAAUGUCGGGGCAGAUAGUGAGGGAAAUACUUCUCGUGUUGGUUAAAAAUAGUUAAAACGUGCGACCCUUUGUUCACCUGUUUCUUCCUAAUAUCACUACAGAUAGAGCCAGGGUUGUUUAUUAGUUCACAUAACGGUUUGACCGUUUUGACCUGUUUGUUAGCUAGUUUAGCUUCAGGUGCUACAAACACGUGACACAAGUGGUUUGUGUUUUCCUAGGUCAGCUGAUGCUUUUAUAUCAUGAAUGUUGAUGAGAAGGACGGAUCUGGUGUUUACCAACGGGUUGUCCUAAAGAACAGCUCACCUUACCACUACUUGAAAGUCUGCCUUGUUCUUGAGGAUGAGCUCACCAGACUGAGUGCAGUAGAACUGAAGCACUUCAUCAUCACAGGCCUGAAAAACCUUUAUGGAGAGGUGGGAGCAGCUUUAUCUUUUGACCUGUUGAAGUAUGAUGAAGACACCCUCACUGCACUUUUGCGUGUUUACAGCAGGGGUUUGGUGAAGCUGUGGAGCUCUCUGACUCUGCUGGGUUCCUACCAGAACCAGGCCUGUGCCUUCAGAGUGCUUCAGGUGUCUCCGUUCCUGCUGGCACUGACGGGAAACAGUCGAGAGCUGCACCUGGACUGA